AUGAGUGAAUUGAAACUGGAUACACAUUUAUUAAAAGACAAAAGUGAACUGUGUAAUACGACCAGGGUACUCUUGGAUGAGAUAACUUCUGUAUUUGCGAUAAACUGCAUAAAUCCAUGGUCUGAAAAUGAAUUUGACAAAGAUAAAUGUGGUCUUAUACCUGUAGAAUUGUUUGUUAAUGUCGCCAGGCAAUUGGGUUUUGUUUUCACAGCAACAGAAAGUAGAGCACUUUUGAGAUGUUUUAAACAAUCCAAAAUAGAUUAUUUGGAUAUUGAUUAUUUUGUUCGUAUAUUGGACAAUAAGAUAAGAUUGGAUAGUGAUAUAAAAGUAUCAAAAUUUGCCAAUUUUAGAGAACACUUUCGAGAGGGAUUGCAAAGGUAUUAUAAUAUUAUAGAUUGCCAUAAUACCGGGAAGAUCCCUGUAACCGAUUUAAAACAAAUGUUGUCAAGUUUUAAUGAGGGGGAGUUUGAUUCUAAUACAUUAGAAUGUUUACUAAAAGUUUCUGAGUCAAGAAACAAAAGGAUCAUCACUGCGGACGACUUUGUCAAUAUUUUAAUGCCCAUUAAAGAUAUGGAAUUCUUCUCACUUAGAGCGUUUGAAGAUGUUAAUUUAUCCGAAAAUGGGAACUGA